AAUAGAUAACGAUAUUCCGCCGUUGUUCGAUUUCAUCAAAAUAUGUACCUUCACUAUUGAUUGAUUACAUUUGUAACACCUAAAUGUAUGUGCGAGCAUUUUUUAUAAGUUUUCAGUGGCUUUAUGAAAUAGUGUUGUUCUUGGUGUAGAAAGUAGCGGAUUUCUUUCAAAGAACCCAACCAUGGAUAUCAAACUCCUACUCUUACUGCUAGCCCUAUUCCACUCGAGCAACUCGGGCUGUCCUUCCGUGUGCGACUGUACAAACACAUCGGUCCUCUGUAUGGAAAGGGGCCUAGAUACGAUCCCAAAUUUCGAAACAUUAGAAAACGACCCCGUCAUCAUAGAUCUGUCGGGCAACAAAAUAGACUUAAUCGGCCCCGACGAUCUAUCUUUCGAGAAAACCAUGGCUGUCAAAGAAGUCUACCUCAACAACUCCGAACUGUACGACAUCGACUACGAAGCUUUCGACGAGAUGGAGAACCUACAAGAGUUGUACCUGAACGACAACCUGCUGAACAGUAUUCCAGACAACCUGAUAGAAGACCUUCCCGAUAUGGUUCUGCUGGACUUGUCCAACAACUACUUCUUUGAAGAAAUGCCAGUGAUCAAGUCCAAAAGCUUGGAAGUUCUAGUCUUGGCCAACUGUAAAAUUACUAACAUCACCUCCAACUCACUGAAACACUUGCCAAACCUGAGGAUUCUGCUUCUGCAGCAAAACAACAUCAAGUAUAUCGACCCCAAAGUGUUUGAUUCUGUCCCAAACAUGUUCUUCGUGAGGCUGUCCUACAAUUCUUGGGAGUGUAACUGCAGCACUAUGGAGCUCUUCGCCUUCCUGGCCAAAAAGAAAUUCGUGGACCCCGCGGAACCCUACAAAUGUUCCUAUCCAGAUGGAAAAUUCGUGGACAUCUUCGGGAAACAGGGGGUGGACGCCUUUAGAAAUACAUGUACUAAUGAAAAGAAUCAAACUGAGAAGCUUGUGUCUCACCCAAAGGAUUAUAAAUAUCUCACCAAACAGGAGUAUUUCUUGCUCAAGAAGAACAAAUCUCACUCAACUGAAGAGGAUCCAAGAAGGAUAAUGGAAGAAACAGUUGACGGUAUUGAGACAGAAAGCGUGUAUGACAAGUCCUACUCUUUAGUAAGAGAAAACGACGCACGUAAACGGGAUUCAGGUACUGAAGAUCCGGAAUCCAAGCUUGAAAAAAAUUUGGAUAACUCCACGGACGAUAGUUCUCCCGAUUUGUCAGCUGUUACUCCUAUCAACAACGUUAUCGAGUUCACAGGAUGUGACUCUCCGGAAUAUAUAAUCCCGGGGAUUCAAAUGAGGCUGGAUUUAUUUUUGUUCAUAAUUUUAAGUUUUUUAGUGGGUUCACUUGUCGGUUUUACUCUUAACCAGUUUUUGAAUUCGGGGCGAUACAGGAGACUUGACACAUCUGAUAGUACGACUAGAUUAAAGACAGAUUUCAACUGAAAUAUUUUGUGUUGGUUCAUUAUUGAAUAUAUUUUCUAGUAGGA